AUGGCUACUCUUAAUUCUAACCCAGAAAUCCUCUUGCGUAAGCGUAAGAACAAUGAGAGAAAGCGUAUCGAAAAGCAAGAACAAGCCAGAAUAAGACAAGCUGAGCAUAAGAAACGUAACUUACUCAAAAACAAGAAGUUUAUCAGAGCUGAGACUUUAGUAUCUAACUUUAAAUCUGCAGAAUUAGAAGCCAAGCGUAUCAAGCACAUCACAAAGCAUGAACAGCAAAAGCAGUCCAUACUGCAGGAGAAGGAAGAUGACGAUGACGUAGAUUCAAAGCUUCUUUUCAUCGUAAGAGUCCCAGAUCACACAAAGGGAUUGAAAAUCCCAUCCAAGGCUAGAAAAGUAUUGAACUUGCUUAGGUUGAAGAAGUCCAAUACUGGUGUCUUUGUCAAGGUGACUCCAACUACCAUUCCAAUUUUAAAAAUCAUUUCUCCAUAUAUCCUUGCUGGUAAGCCAUCCUUAAAUUCUAUUCGUAAACUUUUCCAAAAAAGAGCUUGUAUCUCUGCAAUUGAUGAAGAAACGAGCGAACCUAGAAUUGUGAAGUUGGAUAACAACGCAGUUGUUGAAGAAAAAUUCGGUGAAGAAUUUGGUUACAUCUGUAUUGAAGAUUUGAUCCAUGAAAUUGUGACAAUGGGUGCCGAUUUCAAGACUAUUAGUAACUGGUUAAUGCCAUUCAAGCUCAAUGUUCCAGUUUCUGGAUGGGGACCACAAGCUAAGUUGGCCAAGUUGCAAUACGCUGCUGAUAACCAACGUAAGGUUUCCUUAGCUGGUGAUGCUAAGUUGACUGAGAUUGAUAUUGAUUCUGUUAUUGAUGAACAAAAUUAG